GUUCCCGAAUCUUCGGUUUCAUCUUUUUAACCAUCGGGGAUGGCCGAAGCACAUCAGGCCGUAGCGUUCCAGUUUACUAUAACCCCAGAUGGAAUAGACUUGCAGCUCUCUCAUGAAGCCCUGAGACAGGUUUAUCUCUCUGGUUUACGUUCCUGGAAAAAACGUGUCGUACGUCUGAAGAAUAAUGUAAUCACAGGUGUGUAUCCUGCAAGCCCUUCCUCAUGGCUGUUUGUGGUUAUAGCCAUCCUGGCCACCAUGUACACACGCUCGGACCCAUCCAUGGGCCUCAUCGCUAAGAUCCAGGAGCACCUGCCAGCCAGUGGCUCUCUAAGUGUGCAGUGUCAGACGGUGGUUUCUGCAGUGGUGUUCAGCACUCUGCUCUGGCUCUCCCUUAUCUUCACUAUGAAGCUGUGCUUAAAGCAGCUGCUGUCUUACCACCACUGGAUGUUUGAGCAGCAUGGCAACGUGUCCACCACCACCAAAGUCUGGAUAAUGUUGGUGAGGAUUUUUUCUGGUCGGCAGCCUCUACUGUACAGCUAUCAAGGCUCUCUGCCUAAUCUACCUGUACCUGCUGUCAAAGACACAGUCAAAAGGUAUCUGGAGUCGGUGCGAUCUCUAAGGAAUGAUACAGAGUUUGAGAGAAUGGCCAGCCUAGCCAAAGACUUUGAGCUCAAUCUGGGAAACCGGCUUCAGUGGUACCUCAAGCUCAAGGCCAUGUGGGCUUCCAACUAUGUGAGUGACUGGUGGGAGGAGUACAUCUACCUGAGAGGUCGAGGUCCCAUCAUGGUGAACAGCAACUACUAUGGCAUGGACUUCGUGUUCGUCACACCAACCCCCAUCCAGGCAGCCAGAGCAGGAAACACCCUGCACUCUCUUCUCCUGUACCGCCGAAAACUGAACAAAGAGGAACUAAAACCUAGCCGUAUCCCUGGUACUGGUAUUCCUCUGUGUGCAGCUCAGUGUGAGAGACUUUUCAACACAACACGCAUCCCAGGAGUAGAGACCGACACAGUGCUGCACUGGAACGACAGUGAGUAUAUAGCAGUGUAUCACAGGGGGCGCUAUUUCCGCCUUUGGUUGUAUCAGGCAGGCCGGUUGCUAACACCACGUGAGAUUGAGCAGCAGAUCCAGCGCGUCCUGGACGACAAGUCAGCACCAGCACCGGGCGAGGAGAAGCUGGCAGCAUUAACUGCAGGGGAAAGAAUUCCCUGGGCUGAAGCUAGAAAGGAGUUCUUUAACUCUGGAGUGAACAAGAGAUCACUGGACAUUAUUGAAAAAGCUGCGUUUUUUGUCACGCUGGAAGACGAGGAGCAGGGCAUGAGGGGAGAAGACCCAGAUGGAAGCAUGGACCGAUAUGCCAAGUCCCUCCUACAUGGAAAUUGCUACGACAGGUGGUUUGAUAAGUCCUUCACCGUGGUGUUUUAUAAGAAUGGGAAGAACGGUCUGAAUGCUGAGCACUCCUGGGCAGAUGCUCCCAUCGUCUCACACAUGUGGGAGUAUGUCCUGGCUACAGACUGCUUUCAGUUAGGCUACAAUGAGGAAGGACAUUGCAAAGGUGAUGGAAAUUCAACUCUAUCCCAUCCACAACGGUUAACCUGGAGUAUUCCUGAACAGUGUCAGGAGCGCAUGGCACAGUCCCUCUCUGUUGCACAGGCACUUGCAGACGACAUCGACUUUCAUGUAUUUGCCUUCAGAGACUUCGGCAAAGGCAGCAUGAAAAAAGUCCAGAUGAGCCCAGAUGCCUUCAUCCAGUUAGCCCUGCAGCUAGCCUACUACAGGGACAGGGGAAUGUUCAGUCUGACGUAUGAGGCAUCGAUGACACGCCUGUUUCGUGAGGGCCGAACAGAAACGGUGCGAUCGUGUUCCAGUGAGAGCUGCGCUUUCGUCAAAGCAUUCGAGAACGGAGAGGAGGCAAACGUGUGCAGGCGCCUGUUACGCACUGCAUCUGAGAAACAUCAGCUGCUCUACCGGCUAGCCAUGACAGGAGCAGGAAUAGACCGACACCUCUUCUGCCUUUAUGUCGUCUCCAAAUACCUGGGUCUCGAGUCACCCUUCCUGAAAGAGGUGUUUUCGGAGCCAUGGCGACUCUCCACCAGUCAGACUCCUUUCCAGCAGGUGGAGCUGUUUGACCUGGUGAACCACCCAGACUACAUUACCUGUGGAGGAGGAUUUGGACCUGUUGCUGAUGAUGGCUACGGUGUGUCUUAUUCCUUAAUCGGAGAGAAAAUCAUCAGCUUUCACGUCUCCUGCAAGCACUCGUGUCCUCUCACUGGCGCUCGUAAGUUUGGAGCGCAGAUCAGGAAGGCACUGCUGGACCUCUUGAAACUCAUGUCGGAUGAUCAGAAGGAUGCACCCAGAACCGAGCAGAACCACAACGCGAACCUCAAAAACAAGAAAGCACUGUAGACUAAAGAAGAGGAGGGUAGUGUUAGGAGGAAGGAUAGUUUACUUGUUUUCAAGAAGUGUAUUCCUUUUUAGUUUUUUUUUUCCUCGUGUGUUUGUAUGGUAGAAGGAAACUAGGGACUUGGCAGCAAAGAACCACUGAAAUUCAAAGAUCAUCUCAAAUGAAGCAGAAAUAGAGAAAGACACGGCAGAUGAUUAAGUCUCAUCUCUUUAAAAGCAUCUCGUUACGUAUUGAGUACUCAGGAGGUAGGAACAAACGAUGUCGGUUUAUAUAUGGUCUUACAGUCGCUUGCUAUUUAAAUCAUUUUCUAUGUCAACAGGAUGAAUUGUGGCAUUUUGUCAGAACGUGCACAAGUAUUUUUGGCAUUUAUAAUCACCUGCCUGUUUUUCCAGGUUCUGCAUCAGUCACAAUGCUCCCUUGUAUUAUAUCUGAAUUAGACCUCUUUUUGCAGUACUGUUAACAAGGUCAAACAGUGGUGCAGCAGGUACGCUGGGUGCUGCACACCACCUUAUCCUAGAGACUUAAGUUUAAACCUCUCUUUUAGUCUGUUCUUUUUUAGGAGUUUGGCAUUUUCUUCCCAUCCAUAUGGGUUUUCUCUAACCUUUCAAAAACAUGCAGAAGCUCGGCUACUUUAAUUUGCCCCGGGUGUGUGUGAGAGUGGGUAAAUAGUGUGGUGCAUUACAAUAGACGUAGUGCUCUUAGGUGGCAUCUUGGUCUGUUUUGCAUGAUUGUGCAUGUCCCUAUGUGGAUUGGCAAAUCUGAAUUGUGAGUAAAUGUAUGAUGACUUGUGUUGAACUGCCAUCCUAUUAAGAGUGGGUGCCAGCCUUGCACCCAGUAUCUCUGGGUGGCCAUGAUGAAUGAACUUGAACUGUAUUGGACUGCAGCACCGUCUGCUUGAUGCAUGCUUGCUUUAUUUCUUGAAAAAAAAAAAAAAAAAAAAAACAGAUUUGGAACACAGCCUAGGCUCAUGAAUUUGUAUUGAUGGUGGUUUCUGUCACAGGUUGACUGUAUUCUGGUAAUCUGCAGGAGUUUUUUUUUUCUGUGUUAUAAAAAUCCUUUUGUGUCUAUAGUGUGGUAAGAGAGCAGCCUUGCUCUCUCUGAACAUUCAUGUUUAUUCUUCUUCUUUAAAUGCUCUUCAAAUGAAGAAACCUGUUUAGUGAUGAAGAAAUACUAGAUGUUUCAGUAGACUUGCAUUAAAGUCUCUGACCUGUUUUUAUUGCAGGAAAUUGACUUUCUAUUCCACAUGAAUGCACUGCAAUGCAAUCUAAGCAAUUUCUAAACUAGUUACUGUCUUACUACAUGGUCAUUUUAGAGACGUGUAUAUUGUAGGAAACUCGAUAUUGGAACAUGCAUUCCGAACCUAUUUUACUUGAAUGCUGAAGACUGUCUUAAAUCUUUUUGCCGUUACUGAUUUUGGGCCAGUUUCAAAGUGAAGUUGACUUUAAAUAGCAAACUUUAAAAGUAAAUGCUCCAAGGACCUGUGCACUAUGCAAAAGCUUAGAAGGAAAUGAAAAACUAAAAUUAAGACAUAGGGUAUGUAUUCCUCCUAAACACAUGUAGUCAUGCCUGAAGGGAACAUGGUCAUGCAGUCCAAGCACUGCAGACGUCUCAGUGACGGUGUGAUGAUGCACGAAUCAUAAUGCACAGGUACAGUAAAUGUUAGGAUUUGUAGAAGUAGUGGAACCUCGAUCAGAUGAAAAUCAGGAAGCUACAGAGUUUUUUUGUAAUGCUGUUGAUUGAGAUUGAGACCUAGACUUGCACAGGAUUGUACCGUCAUAAUUGUGGUUAUUUACUCUUAUUAUUACUCUGGUAGUUUUUUGUGUUAACAAUUUUUUUUGUGUAUUCAAGCACUUAAUUUACAUGUUUUAUAAUAUUGACAUAUUUAUGUACUAUUUACAUGUUCAGUCACUGGCCAGAUACAUUUUUAUUUGCAUAUGUAAAUUAAGCAGGUCAAACUUGGGCAGUGCUCUAAAAGUUUUCACUCUUUAGCUUCUUUGUUACUGUCAGAAUGCAAUGUGGUGUCUUUACUAACUAAAACUCUAAUAGUGGUACAUUUAGACCAAGUCUGGAGAGACAUUUAUUUAUACCUCAUUUUUAAUUAUGAUCUUUUCUUGACUUGUAUAUCCAUUCCUUUCUGGGCCAGUAAAUUAAUUCUGUCAUCGUGUCCCACACAGUCUUUAGUCCUAUGUCAGAAAGGGCUUUGGGACUUUCAGGUUUUGGCGUUGGGCUUUAUCUAUUUGGUCUUACUGUAGCGAAUGUCUGUAUUUUACAUGUAAUCUUGGAAAAAAGUAAUUGUGAAAUCCUAGAAUCUUUUUUUAAUAAAAAGAGAUUGAUGCACAAAUGUCA